CUUUGCGGCAUUUGUGCCGUUCUCUCUUCGCCUUCGUCUCUGUGUCUCGCUCGCUCGGGAGGAGGAUUUUGGGGUGGAAAACCAGCGAUCGAGAUCGAAUUUUCAGCGAAAAUCGAAGUUCUUUGCGUGUUUGUUGUUCUGAUCGAUCGUAUUGUAUCGGGGAGUGACGGAUUUUUGAGUUUGAUCGAGGGUUUGGGGGGUGAUUUUCACGAUCUUGGGGUUUCUUAGCUGGAGUGGCGAGAAUCUAGGGUUUGUCGGAUGCAUCGAAGCAAUGGCGAGAGGUAUGGAGAUCUAGGGUUUUGGUUGUGAAUUUGAAGGGGUUGGGAUCUUGGUGUAUGAGAGAUAGAGGGAUUUUGGUGGGAUGGAUGCGGAGGUUGUGGCAAGGGAUGCGGCGUCCAUCGACCCGGAGCUGUUGCAGCUCCCGGAAGUCUCGCCGUUGGCGCUGAAGGAGAACCCUCACAUCGCUGAGCAGCUCUAUUCACAGUGGCUGUCCAUGCCGGAGACUCUCCGGCUGGUGAGAUCGUUGAUUAAUGAUGCAAAGGCAGGAGUGCCCUUGAAUACGCCUGGAAGCUCAAGCAGUGGAAAUGCUACUGCCACCAGUGCAUUGCCUUCAAUGUUCCCUGCUGGUAGUGCACCACCACUUUCACCUAGAAGUAGUUCUGGAUCUCCUCGUGUCAUGAAACGUGGAGGGGUUGGGCCUUCAUCUUUAGGUUCUCCGCUGAAGUUAGUCAGUGAACCUAUGAGAGAAGUCAUACCUCAGUUCUACUUUCAGAAUGGCCGUCCCCCACCGAGGGAACUAAAAGAAAUGUGCUUAUCCAAAAUUGAUGAGCUUUUUUCGGGUCACUUGAAUGGGCUACAAGUUCAAGAAUUCAGAACUGUUACAAAGGACAUUUGCAAGCUGCCAUCAUUCUUUUCCAGCUCACUGUUUAGAAAGAUCGAUGUAAACUGCAUUGGUUAUGUCACAAGGGAUGAGUUUAUUAAUUAUUGGGUCAACAGUAACAUGAUGACAAUGGAUAUUGCUACUCAAAUAUUUAUGAUUUUGAAGCAACCAGACCGGAAGUAUCUUACACAGGAGGAUUUCAAACCUAUUCUCCGAGAACUUUUGGCAUUCCAUCCGGGCUUGGAGUUCUUACAAGGCACACCGGAAUUUCAGGAUCGAUAUGCGGAAACUGUCAUAUACAGGAUAUUUUACUAUGUAAAUAGAUCUGGAAAUGGCCAUCUGACCCUCAGAGAGCUGAAACGUGGCAAUUUAAUUGCUGCAAUGCAGCAUGCAGAUGAAGAGGAGGAUAUUAACAAAGUCUUGAGAUAUUUUUCCUAUGAACAUUUCUAUGUGAUAUAUUGCAAGUUUUGGGAGCUGGAUGCAGAUCAUGAUUUCUUGAUAGACAAGGAGAAUCUUAUGAGAUAUGGGAACCAUGCACUCACUUAUAGGAUUGUUGAUAGGAUCUUUUCACAGGUCCCAAGGAAAUUUACCAGCAAAGUUGAAGGGAAAAUGGGAUAUGAAGAUUUUGUUUAUUUUAUGCUUUCAGAGGAGGAUAAAUCAUCUGAGCCUAGCCUUGAGUAUUGGUUCAAGUGCAUUGAUCUAGAUGGAAAUGGGAUUCUAACAUCCAAUGAGAUGCAAUUCUUUUAUGAAGAACAGUUACAUCGUAUGGAAUGCAUGGCACAGGAACCUGUACUAUUUGAAGAUAUUCUCUGCCAGAUGGUCGAUAUGAUUGGACCCGAGAACGAGAGCUACUUCACCCUACGUGAUCUAAAAGGCUGCAAACUUUCAGGAAAUGUUUUUAAUAUUCUUUUCAACCUAAACAAGUUUAUGGCUUUUGAAACUCGUGAUCCGUUCCUUAUUCGCCAGGAGCGUGAAGAUCCGACUCUGACUGAGUGGGAUCGUUUUGCACAUAGGGAAUAUAUUAGGCUGUCUAUGGAAGAAGAUGGUGAAGAUGCCUCUAAUGGAAGUGGUGAUGUCUGGGAUGAAUCUCUUGAGGCUCCCUUUUGAAUUAAAUUUUGGUGCAAUCAACGGAAACCUGGUCCUUUUGAUGUUUUGCUGAAGGUGGCUGAUCGGAAAGACAGCUACACGUCUCCAACACUCUUUCAAGGAACCCUUGAUGCAGCUUCUCGGCAUCACUGUUUGAUUAUAUGAUUUCCACCGCGCAUCAAACUUCGGAUUGUAAAUUGUACUGUGUGCAAGAUUAAAAUUCUUCUGCUGCUUGUUGAAGCUGGAGCUGGUUUGGCAUUCCAUAAAGGAAUGCUCUGUUUUGACAUCCGAGUUGCGAGGUGCCGGUGCUGACCAGUUCAAUCUCUUUUUGUCUUUUUGCUUGAUAAUCAGGACUAGUAGUAGAUCUCAGGGUUUUAAAUGGAUUUUAUUUUCAUCUGUCAAGUCUUAUUCUUAACAGAGAAUUAAUUCAUGUUUUGUUGUUGCUCUAUUGAAUUUGUUCCUUCCUUUCCCA